AUGGACACGGAUACGCUCGCCCUGAUCGUCCAGCUGCAGCUGGACGAUCUAGAGGCCAUCACAGCUGGAGUAAUAGGCAAGGGCCACGCUACAGAGGCACCUGAAGAUAUCCAGAUUGCAGCAGAACUGUUUCGAGCAGAGCUCGUUGCCCAAGCCGCGGUGAUCUCGGACAAAGCCUUCUCUCAGAGCAUCGCCAACGCAGUCAUCAAGGAUGGCGGUCUCAUCAUGGAAUGCCUUGCUGCCGAGAACAGACAGCCAGCGGAAAGUUCCAUCACCAAUCUCGACGAUGAGCUCAUAGACAAGCUCAAGACUCUCUACGUGACUGACGGCGAGGAAUUGAAGCUUGAAGAUUCCGACGUUCCUCAUUCGGAAUCCUCCUCCUGGGCAGCGAGUCGCCAGGAAGUCGUCCGCCGCCCCCAGAGGGAAUGCACCAGCUGCGGCGACCAGUACGAUUUCACUAAUGUCGCGCGCUGUCCCUGCUCCCAUGAGUACUGCCGAGAGUGCCUGGCCAAACUUUUCGAGGGUUCCACCGUGGACGAGUCAAGUUUCCCUCCAAGCUGCUGCGGACAGCCGAUCCCGCUUGACCCCAACCGCAUAUUCUUGAGCCCCGAGCUGGUGGGCCGCUUCAAGGCCAAAAGGCUCGAGUUCGAGAUGCCGAAUCGCACCUACUGCCACGACCCAAAGUGUUCCACGUUCGUCCCUCUGCAGUUCAUCGACGAGAAGACCAGCAUUGCCAUCUGCGUUCGUUGUCGGAAGAAGACGUGCACCACGUGCAAGGGAGAACCCCACGGUGGCGACUGCCCCCAGGAUCCUGGACUGCAGGAGGUGCUUGCCCUGGCCGCAAAGGAAGGCUGGCAGCGCUGCUACAGCUGCCGGCGGAUCGUCGAGUUCAAAGGCGGCUGUUACCACAUGAGCAAAUGGAAGAGCUGCAGAUGCCAGCUCUGGGAAGAGCGUCGCCUCGUCAACGUGGCUGCCAUCGUCGACGACGGAAACCCGCGGGCCCUAGGGCUCGGUCCCAACUAG